UCUGCUGCGAAUCUGUGUGGAGAGAAGCCGUGGAAAGCGAUCAUCUCUGAAAAAAAGCCGGCUUUUUGGUUUUUGCCAGACUGAAACAGUUUUCCAGGAAAUAAUAAGGCAAGCAGAUUCAUCUUCACUUCCUCAGAUAAGAAGACAUUGUAAAACUGCUCGAAAUAAUUGGCUCAUUGAAGGAAAUAUUUUGCCGCAACGCUGUUUUAUUCACCUGAUUCCUUGGUGAAGUCGUAUUGAAUUGCUUUAACCAUGACUGCUGAAUUAGAAGAACAGGAGAAGAAAGGCGAAAAAGAGGUGGAGAUCGAGAAGACCCCUUCGCCCAAAGAGGAAGAAGCUCCCCAGAAUGGGAAAGGAGAUGUGAAGAAAGAUGAGAAAGAAGACGAGGCUGAGGAGAAGGAGAAGACCACUAAAGAAGAGGAGGAGAAGGUGGUCGAGACUGAUGGAGAGGCCGAGAAACAAGAUGACGAGAUUGUUGUCGUUCCGAAAAAGAAAGCCCCGGGCUUCUUUCAGAAGAUUUUUGGGCGUAAAAAAGCAACAAAACAAGAUGUAGAGGCAGGCACUGAACUGUUGUCAAAGGAUGGAAAGGCAGCCGAAAUCAAACCAGAAGAAGAUGGGAAAAAUGAAAAGAAUGACAGUGGCACUGACGUCACUGUUGCUGUUACGGACGACAACGACGGCUCGGGAGAGGAUGGCAAGGCUUCCAAAGUUCGAGAGGUGGACCAGAAACGAGUCUAUUGGAAGCGAGUCGCCAUCAGUCUAGUUUGCAUUUUGGUGGUUCUAAUCCUAGUCUGUGUGGUAUCCAUCAUCACAGGAUCUGAUCAUUCUGCCAGAGGACCACUUGGAGAACCUCUUGCUAUCACUGACUGUGGGCCGGUCAAGGGCUAUAAAGAAAAUGGAAUUUAUGUUUUCAGGGGCAUUCCCUAUGCCUUGCCUCCUGUGGGCGAUCUGCGAUGGAAGCCACCUAUGCAACCCUCCAGUUUCAACGAUUGUUGGACUGGAACCUAUGAAGCCUAUAACUCCAGCGCGAUCUGUUAUCAGAAACCCAUUCCCGGACAUGAUCUGCAAAUGAGCGAAGAUUGCCUCUAUUUAGAUAUCAUUACACCGAGUCUUUCUCCACCUGUUCUGCGACCCGUAGUUGUCUAUAUUCCUGGCGACCAUCCUCUAAGAGGCUAUUCAUCUGAUGAUAUUAACUGGAGACCAACAACAGCCAUUGCUGAUGAGAAGGAUGUCACUUUCGUUACCAUCAAUUACCGUACCAAUGCUUUUGGUUUCUUAGUUUUAGAUUUACUGACCAACAGGAUGAGACCCCCGACUUCUGGUAACUAUGGUAUCAUGGAUAUGAUAGCAGCACUGAAAUGGGUACAGACCAAUAUUAGAAAUUUUGGCGGUGACCCUAGAAAGGUCACAGUUUUGGCUCAUGGUGGUGCCGCUACUGCCGGUCUCGCAUUGCUCUCCUCUAGAUUGUCCGCUAAGAAAGAGGAGAGCCUCUUCAGCCAGAUGUGGCUGACUGGUCCCUCGGCCCGCUUCAGCAACAGAACUCUGGAGCAAAUCAGUGCCGACAAUUCAGGAAUACUCAGGAAAUUAAACUGCGAUACUUUGGUUUGCCUGCAAAACAAGACUUCUGAAGAAAUAGUGGCAGCGGUUCCGGGAUUCUGGUCGUCAGACUGGUCAAUUGAUCUGCCUAGUUCUGAAGAAGAACAGCAGCCAACCAUGGUUGUUGUUGAUGGAAAUCUACUUUACAAUACUCCCUACCACAUGUGGCAAAAGGGUGAUAUUCAACAAGUACCUGUUGUUAUUGGCUCUGUUGCUCAGGAAUCCGGUUCAUCCAAAGUCCUGCACGAUCUGGAGAAGUGGAGCUGGACUGAUUUCAGCGAUUAUGUGAGCGAAAAGCUGGAGACUAUCAGCGAUAAUGUCACCGUAUCAGCGUUGCAGUUCUACAUACAGAAUUCGUCUACACCUUUGCAACAGUUCCACACCAUGGUUUCCGACAUUCGAACCAUUUGUCCAAUCGAAAGACUGACUGACGCUCUUGGCGAUGCUCUUCAGAAAGAUUCUUAUUGGUACCUGGUGGAUUACAAACCGAGUGAGCCAAUCCAAUUCUCCAAUGAGAGUGCUUCUGUGAAGCUGUCGGUGCACGGCUUAGAUGUAGCCGCCAUCUUUGGACUUCUGAACAAAUACAUCAAACCGAUGGCUCCUCAAGACGUCACAUUCCAGAAGAAUCUUCAGGACUUGUUCUACAGUUUCGUACAUAAGGGAAGGCCAGAACUCAAGGGCGAAAUUUUGAUGCCAUCCAAUUUCAUCAAUCUGAUUGGAGAAUCUGUCAGAAGCAGGAUGACGCCAUAUGAAAACUGCCACCUGUGGAAUAAUGAUGUUUUCUACCCAGAUUACGCAAAAAUGAACUAAAGUUGCUUUCUGCGGCGACCGUAGAGCUGAGAGACGCGGGACUUUUUUGGACUGUAAAUUUCGGUGUGUUUUUGAGUAAAGACUGCUGCGACGUUAUCCGAUUCCUAAAAGCAUGUCACCCAGAGCAUGCAGCUUCUUUUUUUUUUAUAUAUUCUCACUGAAAAUUAAUUGAAAUCAUUCAUAUGAUUUAUAAAAGAAAUUUUAAUUAUUAUUAAAAAUGGAUAACGUUGAUAUCAGUUGUGUCAUGUGAAAUAAGCCAGUUUUUUAUUAUUAUUCUAUUUGUAGAAAUGUAAUUAAUAAUUACAUGUCACAUUCAUACUAUUCACAUAAUUUUCUUUUUGAGUGCAUUUGUAUUAGAAUUUGCAGUUAAGAUGGGAGUUUCUUUGAGUUUCACUGAAGUAAACCCACAAUCAUUGUAAAAUAGUACUACUACCACCAUACCUUUGCUGUAUCACUUAACAAGUUGAGGCUGUGAUAUGCUGUGAGUUAAUUGUAUCGGUUACUCUGCUCAGAUAUCAUGAGAGAUCAUUGAUUUUUUAGGAAUUACCAUUGGUUAAGACUUAAAAACAAGAAGUUUGGUGCUGAACUUCCGCCAGUCGUUAAGAUGGCCGCUAACUCUUAGAUCUUACUUUUGUUACAUACAUCAAAUUUGGCGAUUUUAAGUCUAGCCCUUUCAUUUUCAUCAUAAGUGUUCGAUUUUCGUUUAAAUUUGCAUCUAUGUGUGCUUUUAUUUUCAUUGCAUCCUGUUCUAUUUACAUUUGUGUCAUUAUUUGCAUUGUGAAUUAAGUCAGAAUUUUAAAAGUUACAAAUAACUUUUGAAGAAUAUUCAUUUGCAUUCUCUCUGCAUUUAUAAAUGUUUUCCCCCUUUUAUUAUUGAAAUGGGUUUGUAAUAUCUUCUGAUAAGUUCCUAAUUAAUUUUUCAUUUUUUUUAAUGCUGGGAAGUAAUAAUAAUAUUUUAUGAAUUAAUUCUAACUCUUUAAUAUAUUAAGACAUCUACAAUAUAUUGUUGGAUAUUUGCAGGUAAAUGUAUCUUGUGAAACCCAGUGCUCAUAUUUGUAUUUAUAGCAAAUACACCAAUCGGAAAAACCUGAAGGAAGAAAGUGUGUUUUUUUGUAGUACUUGAUUAUUUUCACUUGGAACUGCUCAAAAUAUUUUUUGCAUUUCAUUCUUUUUGCCCAGAAAUGCAAAUAAUUCAAAUAUUUCACUUUUUUUAAUAAAAGCUUUUUGAUGAAACUUUUUAUUGGAAGGAUGGCAGAUAAUUAUAAAAAUUCUGCAUAUGUUCAAUAAGUUUGGUAAAAUGCUAGUAUUUGCCUCUUCGUCCAUUUUCUGUUCUAUCGCGGAUUUCUAGCGAAUAUUUAACUUUUAGCAGACAUUUUGGCAUAAAAAAGUCAUUUUAAUGGGAAUUCUUUGCCAUUUUAUUUAGGAUUAAUAAAUAGUAUGUAUACAUAAGCAAUUCAAAGUAAUGCCACUCCAAUUUACUGUUAUAUCAUUCUUCACAAUCUGCACGUUUCGAACAAUCUUUUUCUAAAUGUGAAUGACAAACACUUUCGCAAACAAUCGAUUUCGACCAUUUAAUUUUUUUUUCUCUCUCGCCGAUUACAAUCGCAGCUGUUAAUAAUGUACAUGUACGUAAACAAAAAUAAAAACGUUGUGUUUAGUCUGCAAACUCGCGAUUGCUCAUGCUUAUAUCUUGUGCUUAGGGAAAAUAUCGAUUCGUUUAGGAUUUUUUUUCCCGGGAUUUCCCCACCUCUUUUCCCUGUGAGUUUGUUGGGACCAACCACGACCCAAAUCUAUUAAAUGUUGUGAUUAGAGUUUCAUCUCUCGUUGUUGAUGGAUUUGACCACCGAAAUUUUUUAAAACGAUAAUGCCGGACAAAAGUGACUUUAGACGGGAUAAACCCAGUUGCGACUCGUGCGCUGUAACCGUGGAAUUGUUAUAAUUUAGAAUAACCAAACAUAGCGGUGUUGCAUUCCUAUAUAGCUUAGAUUAUUUCUUUUAAAAUUAAUUUUAAGUAGAUAAUAAAAAUUAAUAAUUCGAUUUUGAUGUUUUUAAAGUUUUUUUUCUUCUUCCAAUAGUCGAAUCUUCUUUUAAAACGAGUGUGUGAAAAAAAAAAAAAAAAGCGGUCUGUUAAAGUGCGUGAACGACUAAAAGAAAUUUCCAUUCUCCCCUCGAAUUUGUUUAUUUAUUUAUUUUUCCCUGCAUCUCUACGAAGAUUAGCAGACCUUUUCCCCUCUAAUUUUGUCCUAAAGAUGAACGCUUAAAAGCGAAACAAAAUUGUUAGGGAUUCAUUUAAAGGAUUUAAAUUUUAUGCGUAGAACUGAACUGAAGAUAAAUUGUUAUUAUUCCCCCGUGUCAAUAUACGAGCCGCCCUUGGGGCUAUCGGUACUGUUUUCAGAUUCCAAACCGGCAUGUUUGCUGCACGCUUUGAACUCAUCUACUUUUUUAUCUUCUUCAAACCCUUAGAAUCAAUGUUACAGGGCCCUGUUUAGUGUAUGUGUUUAGUGAAAUCAAUGUAUGUGUAAAUGACCGUUGGAUUGAGUAGACUAGAUUACAUUACAGUUAUUCAUGCUUUCAGGCUAUGGAUUGUACCAGGGUAAAAAGGAUCGUAUGUCCAUAGGACAGUCAAUGAAUCUAAAAAAAGAAAUGAUACACCCAUCACAGAGUUGUUACAUUUCUAAAUUUUGAUAAUAUAUCUUCGUACUUAUAAAAAUGUAAUGCUAUCGUGCCACUUCAGUUUAAUUUAUGUGAUUCUUAAAAGCAUUGUGAAUCUUUGAAAUUUCUUAAAAGUACCGUUUGAUAUUGAAUCGGGAAAAAAAUGGAACUUAUUAAGUACAAAAUUAUGAACGUAAAUUUAAGUUACAAGGAUUGUUUUUAUUUAUUUAUUUUUAAUCACGUUUUAAUCGCCUGACAGAAAAUGUGGAAUCCAAGUUUUACUAACAGUGUUGGUGCUGUUUUCAAUCCUAACUAGUGGCUUUUGACUGAGGUGCUUGUUUUUUACAUGGAAGAUUUUUAAAUUAUUGAAAUUUUCUACUGAAAUGAAUUUCGUACUAAAAGUAUGCUCAAUUUUACAAACUUUUAAACAUAACUCUUUGUGAAGUGAAGCAAAAUAAUAAAUUUUUUGGAACACGUUUUGAUUAUGAAACUCAUUUUAAGGUGAAGAAUUUUACAUGUUGUCUUUAUUGCCAUUUACAUUCUUUCGUAUCCAAUUCUACACAGGAAUGUUGCAUAUCAUUUUGCACAAAUGAAAUCGGGCUGUUUUUCAAGCUCAGUUUUCGAGCACUUAAAGAAAUUUUCAAUUAAUAUUUAUCGACAGAAACAAGCAAGAUUCCGAAAAUAAUCGUAUAUUAUUAAAUUCCGUAUUUAUUAAAAUUCUGCUUAUCUCAACUUAUAAAAUCUGUCUCUCAUUUUUUUUAUUUACUAUUAUGAGUUAAAGUCGUUGAUACAGAAUGUAAGAAGCUUGUUCUUUUUAUGACAAUUCUGAAAUUUCACAAUUGAAUUCAGUCAUCCGAUGAGAUGAAUUGUAAAAAUUUUAUUUCUGUUUAAUACGUGCGUUUAUUGUUUAUCUCUAAGAAUUAUAGUGUUCAUUAUUGUGAGACUGAAUGUUAACUAUAUCUUUUCCUGUAUGUACUGUUCAUUUUACAUUUUUAGAGUUAUAUCUUGCAGCUUGUUUUUAAAUAUAUAAAGUUGUUUUACGACUUUUAUAGAUACAUUUUACUUUUGUUAUCAGUAUAUAAACUAGAAUUUUGAGUUAAAAAAAGUCUGAUUUUGUUUAUAUUAUUAUUUCAUUCGUUUAUCUAUUGCAUAUGAAUGUGUUUCCAAUACAAUAAUAAGUUUUAAUCAUGCAUUUUUUUAUAUUUUGUAUUAAUAAAAGACUUUAUUUGAGAGACAGUAUAAAGAAUAAACGAUCACACUCUGAUUUUUAGCUGUUUUAUGUUGGAAGAGGAGAUUUUUCUCUGCAUUUCGUUGUGUAUUUGUUCAAUGAAUUUCGAACUGUGUUUGGAAGUACUUAAGACUGUAUGUGAAUUUCUACUUUAUGUUUUACUUUAUCUUGUGAUUACGACAAAGUAUUAAAAUGUUCGCUUUUUUUAUGUUCUCUGUAUAAAUUCAAGACAAAAAUUGAAUUUGUGCUCUGUGUACAUCAUAAAAAUAAAUAA